UCACAUAAAUUACACAUUUGUCUCAGAGGUCUUUACAGAGUGACUCGCCUACAAACAAGGCUUCAGUCACUACAUUUGUUCUUCCUCCUCCUCCUCCUCCUCUUCCUCAGGUUCCACCACCCCAUCCUGAGUCGAGUGGAGGAAUGUUUCCAGACUGAAUUGGACGUUGUUCUUCAGCUUCUUCGCUGCCAGGCUCAGAUUUCCGAGUGGAGUUUCCUUCCCGCUCUGCUCAGUCUCCACGACGCCAACUCCAAGCUGCUGGCCUGGGGUCAGUUGUUCCAGCGGCAGAAAGAGACCCGGAAGCACAUGUUCGGAGGUCAGUCCCAGAAGGCCGUGCAGCCGCCUCACCUGUACCUGUGGCUGCAGCGCUUCCAGGUGUUGCUGCUCGCUAAGUUCAGCUUCUACUUCCACGAGGCUCUGAGCCGGCAGACGGCAGCCGGGGACAUGAAGGCUCUGACGGCCCGCACCGCGCCCGACUUCAGCGGGAAGAUCUGCUCCUUCAUCAGGAAGCACGACGCCAGCAACGUGUCGCUGGUGUUCGACAACAGAUGCUCAGAGAGCUUCCAGGGACACGGGUACCAUCACCCCCACUCGUACCGUGAAGCUCCUAAAGGCGUGGAGCAGUUUCCGGCCGUGGUGUCGCUGCCGACGGGCGAGCGUCCGCUCACCCAUUGGCCGAACGUCAUCAUGAUGAUGGGCGACCACGCCGCAGAACUCAACACGCUGGACAAGGUGGUUCACUUCUACGACGACAAGGUGACGAGCACCUACUUCCUGACCAGGCCGGAGCCACACUUCACGCUCGUGGUGAUUUUUGACGGCAAGAAAUCGGAGAAAGAUCUUCACAUCGCCGCUUUCCUGCAGGAGAUCUCCGGCUCGCUGAGGAACACCAAGCCCUUCAGCUCGCUCAAACCCGGGUCCAAGGGGUGAAGAAACCGCCAUCAGCAAGUACUAAUACACACAACACUGCAGUACUGUACUUAUGUGCAAUACUGAGGGACUUUACUUCUACUGUGCUACAUUUCAGAGAGAAAUAUCGUCCUUUUUGCAUACUAUACCUAUUCAACACCUGAAAUGAAAAGUCAUUUUGCAAAUAAAUAAUGUUUAACAUUAUAAAACACAUGAUCAAUUUAGUAAAUAUCAUGCUUUCAUUCAGAAACUCAGCUUUUGAGUCCUUUUAGUCCUUUCAGCUCCAACCCGGAUCCAAGGGCGAAAAGAAACUGCUCUCUGAUUAAUAACACGCUCCAGAUGUUCUGUGGUCCAGCUUCAGGCCGUUGAGUUUCUGUGUGUCUAUUAUUUGUAUUUCUUUGCAUGCACAUAAGACUGCAAUACAAACAUUCAGAUUAUCAAAUGUGCCAAAAAUGUUCCAGACCAAAAAGAAACUGUUGUUGGAAAUGCUUAAUUUAAUUUUAAUGUUUUAUUCUGUUUACUUUACAUUUGAAUUGUCUUCAUUGAUCCAAGUUAAAUAAAGCUUUGAGAUUAUUUCA